GGUGUCGAUCGUCGUCCAUUGACGGCCAGCUGAUUUGAGUUGACAAUAAAAUGUUCCGGUUCUUCGUUUUUAAGUUUAUUUAAAUGUUUUCGGAAGAAGUGCCGCAACUUUUCUAAUGCCAUAUAAACUGUAGAUAAUAAUGGAAACACAAAAAUGGCCAUCCCAACGCCCAUUAAUUGCAGAAAAAUGUCCAGAAAAAGCAGAUGACUACAUGAACAAUGGUAGCAGUUUCAACAACCUGCUGGAAAAUGUCGAAGGAAAUAGUAAUAGUGAGAAUUCCAGAAAUUUAAAUAACGAUUCUCGGGUAAAAAAUGUUGUUGAAACGGCUAUUAGUGAAAAGUCCAGAAAAACUAUUGAUAAAAUCUUAGAGGAAGUAAAAAAUUUAACACCUGUAGAGUUGCUGUUUCUUUACUUAAAAUUACCUACAGAAUGCAGCAAUUCAAUUAAUCCUCUCCAAAAACCACUUAAUCCAUUGGGAAGCAGAUCAGAAAUUAAUCAGACCAUAAUGUGGAUUAAAACCCAUUUGGAAGAAGAUCCCGAGUUAUCGCUACCUAAACAAGAUGUUUAUGAUGAAUAUCGUAAUUUUUGUGAGCCAAACAAAAUAAAACCAUUAUCAACAGCUGACUUUGGGAAAGUGAUGAAGCAGGUGUAUGCAAAUGUAAGACCAAGAAGACUGGGCACAAGGGGGAAUUCUCGUUAUUGUUACGCCGGCCUUCGUAGACGUUUCAAGCUGGAAUUUCCUAGCUUACCGGACUUGUCUGACAAACCACAAUCUACUGAACCCCCAUGUAGCUCUGCAGACUUGUUUGGUGCUGCUUGGUCAAUAGUAAAAGAAUGGGCAGAAAAUCAGUUGGGCACACAAUUUCCUUCUCUUCACGUCCUUGCAGCCUAUCUUGUUUUGAACGAUUUAGUGAGUCAAGGUAGUGCUGCAGCAACCAUUGUUACGUCAAUUACCAAAUGUCAACUCAAAGGAGAUGCAUCGCCGUCAGUAAAUUCAGUUUGUAGCAGUAAACACAGAGAAACUCAGUUACAAUUACAACGAAAACUUCAACAAAAAUGUGAAGGAGGAAAAGAGUACAAGCGAAAAUUAUCUUCGGAGUCGAAGAGUCGCAGUAAAAAGUGCAAGGUGCAACAAAAUCAACAGGUGACAUGUACCGGAAGCGGUGGUCCGAAUACAUCUCCCAACAGCGGCACCGUGUCAACAGCUACAAAUGACGCCAAUCAAACUUCACCUGAGGGCCUCGGACCAGUCUGUGAUAAAUCACUAGCGUUACCUGACUUUCGCAGUUUGCAGAAGUCUGUCGUCGAAAUGGGGACGACCGAUACCUUAUGUGAUCUUUCGGGUGAUAAAGUUGAAAAGGCAUUGAAUAGUGAGAACACCGCAAACGUAUCUAAUUUUGGACUUAAAGAUAACCAUACAGGAAAG